AGUGGUGCUUCCACUCUCUGUUGCAGUUACCACAUUUGAGUCCUGUCACAAAUUUGAAUCGAUUUAGGGUUUUAACUCUUAAUUUGCUCUCAAAAUCGUAACGCAAAUGGCAGAAGGCACCGCACCGGAACCCGUCGAUCCCAGCGCCGCAGCUGUUGACAUGGAGCUCGAGAAGGACGACAACGUCGCCGACCCGAACCAGAAGCGACCCAGAGAGGAUGCCCAACAAGAAGAAGAAGCGAAGGAGGACGACGUUGUCGCUCCGAAGAAGCAGAAGGUGGAGACUGAGGAGAAGUCCGUAGAGGAACAACGCUUGGAGAAGAUUGACGAACCCAAAGAAUCAAAAGAAGCCGUGAAGUUGGGGCCCAAGAGCUUCGAGUCUUCCUCUGACAUGUUCAAUUACUUCUACAACUUCCUUCAUCUUUGGCCUCACCAUGUCAACGUCAACAAGUAUGAACAUCUUGUGUUGUUGGAGUUGCUUAAGAAAGGGCAUGCUGAGUCCGACAGGAAGAUUGGUGUAGGGAUCCGCGGCUUUCAAGUCCGCAAUCAUCCAAUCUACAGGAGCAGGUGCUUCUUCCUCAUCAGGGAGGACAACACUGCUGAAGAUUUCAGCUUCCGGAAGUGCGUUGAUCAUAUUCUUCCAUUGCCAGAAGAGAUGCAAAUAAAAUCUAAUCAGAACAAAGCAUUAGGCGGCAGUGGUGGAGGAAGGCCUCAUCGUGGAGGAAAAGGUGGCAGAGGGAGAGGUGGAAAAGGCGGAAAGUGGAGACAAUAGAGCAUAAAAUAGUUCUCUAGUAGGGGGUGUCGGUCUCUGUUUUGUUGAAAUCUAAGUUAAUUUUAUAUAUGCAUGAACAGUUAAUUAUUGUAUUAUUUUUGCUUUAGUAUCAUAUUAAACUCUUAAAAAGAAUGUUCUAAACAAAACCAUUUAAAUUGGCAGUUCGUUUUUGGCUG